AUGGCUACAGUCAUGGAACCCAACCCACCACCUCCAUUCAGCUCUCACAGCCAAAUGCCGGACAUCAAAGACGCAAUAAAAGCAGCCUUUCCAAGGACAGCUGAGUUGCUAAACCUGCUAGAACAAACAAAACAUAUUCGUACUGAUCUUGCUCUACAACAAAAGAUCGUUUCAGACCUUGAGUCACAAUUAUCAGAAUCCAACCGAGAACUCGAUGGAUUAGAUCGCAAGCGUUUAGCCGACCUUGAGUCGCAUAAGAAAUAUCGCGAUGGCCAUGUAAUGAAGUUUCUUUACAAAGCCAGCGGUAAAGAGAAUUCAUUUACAGGUCAGGCUGAGAGGGAGGAGCAAAACUACCACAACACACUUCAACAGGCGCAUCUGGCAUCGGAGCACAAUUCGAGUGUCAGGGCUAAACUGGAUGAAGAACUUCAGAAAAAGAAUGACCUCGACCAGAGCAUGCAGGGUUACCUUGAUCUUCAGAAGCAGCUCGACGAUAUCUACGAUGAUAUCUUUUCAGGUCCAACGCCAGAAUUCCCUGAAGAGGACGCAAAGGAACAGCAGAGUAAUAAUGCGCUAUCUGCUUAUGUCGCUACAAAGACAACCUUAGAGCUGCAUCAAAAAGCACUAGAUCUGCUCGAGCAAGCGACAGCGACAAUGACAGCUGGACUGCAACAGGUCGACAAGGCUUUGCAAUCGGGAGACAUGAAUCAUCUCCGAGCUCUGAAUAAGGGUAGAGAGCUUGUUCAGCAGAGCAAGAUAACGGUUGAUCAGCUAGUACAGCUUGGUGCGGAUGUGAUUGAGCUGCCACCCGAGGCCAAUCCCCGCACUAUGGAGGUCACAUCGAACCUGGGCGAUGUCUGGGGAAAGGUAGAUAUUACAGGUGGAAGACAGGAGGUAGCGCGAUGCACAGCAGCUUUAAACAACUGCUUAAGUCGGGCCAAAGAAAGGAAGCAUUACUUGAGUAAAGAGCUUAAGCGGAAGGGCGAAGAGAUGGAUAAAGCCCGGACGGAGUUACAGAAGAUUAGAAAGGGUAUUUUCGAGGAGGUCAUGGGUGACGAUUUGGUCAAAGGGUCAUAG